AUGUCAACUUCACAGCAAAUCCCAAGCAACGAUUCUAUAUACGGAAUUCAAGUUUAUCGGACUUUUGUACCUGUUUGCAGUUUAUCAACACUGCAGGCGUUUAUUCCAUUUUUGUACAUUAUCCCGACCGUCAUCGUGAUGAUCACUAUUCUGAUAAAAUAUAAAAUAGCAAAAGCAACCACAAACACUAUCAUGGAUCGUAACAUUUUUGCUUUCAUUAUGUUUUACUUUUUGUUUAACACGUUGUUUUUUGUUGGAGACUACGCUCAUCUCAACCUUCCAUCCGCUGGAUUCAUUACUUCAUGGUGUGUUGAUGUUAAACCUAACCGAUUAUUUUCUUUGAUUAUUACAUACACUCAUGCAUCUAGUUAUGGAGUUUUAAUAUGUCCAUUUAUGAUUUGUCUAAUGAGAUUGACAAUUAUGAUGUCCCCACGACAUCACGAAAGGUACUGUCAGCUUAUUAUGUACAGAUUUGCUAUUCCAUUUUUGUUUCUUGCCCCAUUUGCUUUAUCCAUAUUCAAUAUAACUGGCGUUGGAUUUUGCAAACAAUUAGAUGAACCAUUCAGUUUUGGAUCUUUGAUUCUUUUUGAAGGAGAGCAAUAUGCAAAAAUUAAUUCGGUUAUUCAACUAAUUUUUUCAAGUUCCAUCUUCUUUUUCAACUUUUCAAUGAGUGCAUUUAUGUUCUAUAAACUUCGUCGCACGCAAGCCGAGUCUGUGUCUGUAAGGACAAGAGAAUUGACAAGAAAAGCUGAAUUUUCAUUGUUCUUGGCAGUUGCGUCAAGUGUGGUUCCAAUAAUUACAAACUCGAUUUGUUCGAUCACAUUUUUAUUCAACCGUCCAUAUUGGUAUCAUGUUUUGUUUCUUCGUCCAAUAGGCAAUGAUUAUGAGACUGUUAUGAUGCCAUGGGUUCUAUAUCUAACACAUCCAAUGUUUGGACCAAAGAAACAGCAACUUAAACCUAGCGGUGCAUCAAGCGUUUUUGUUUCAACUUGCUUAAAUCAAAGAAAAAGUGAGAGAGCUUAG